GAUGGGAAUCACAGCUCCUGGAAACAGGAUUCCUGGGGAUAUUCCUGUGCCCACUCUGGACCCUGUCCCGCCUGCCCCUGCACACACCUCCUCCUAGAAUUGUCAUCUGGGGCUUUCGCUGGCUCAUCUUCAGGAUCAUGCUUGGAGCGGGGCUGAUUAAAAUUCGAGGAGAUCGCUGCUGGAGAGAAUUAACUUGCAUGGAUUAUCACUACGAGACACAGCCGGUGCCCAACCCCAUCGCCUACUACAUGCACCGCUCGCCGUGGUGGUUCCACCAGUUUGAGACCCUGGUCAAUCACUUCAUCGAGUUGGUGGUGCCCUUCUUUCUCUUCCUGGGACGACGCAUGUGCAUCCUCCAUGGCCUCUUGCAGAUUCUCUUCCAGGUGCUUCUGAUCAUAAGUGGGAACCUGAGUUUCCUGAACUGGCUGACCAUGGUGCCCAGCAUUGCCUGCUUUGAUGACGCCAGCCUGGGCUUCCUCUUCAGCUCCCGGCGCGGAGGGGUGAAGGAACGUGCGGCGCAGAUGACACUCAAAGAGGCAGAUGGAGAAAAGCUUCCCUUGGGCUGCUACAUCCGCAGGGUGGUGAACAUCUCCUUCGGCCUCCUGAUUGCCUAUCUCAGCAUCCCAGUUAUCCUAAACCUGCUCAACUCCAGACAAGUCAUGAACACCUCGUUCAACCCCCUCAGAAUAGUCAACACCUACGGAGCUUUCGGAAGCAUUACCAAGGAGAGGACAGAAGUCAUCCUUCAGGGAACAUCCAGCCUGGAUCCCAAUGAUCCCACUGCUGUCUGGGAGGAGUAUGACUUCAAGUGCAAGCCUGGGGACUUGAAGAGGAGGCCGUGCUUCAUCUCCCCUUACCACUACCGCCUGGACUGGCUCAUGUGGUUUGCUGCCUUCCAGACCUAUGAGCAGAAUGAAUGGAUAAUCCACUUGGCUGGAAAGCUGCUGGCCCAGGAUGAAGACACCUUGUCCCUGAUGGCAACAAACCCAUUCACAGGCAAAGCACCUCCACGGUGGAUCCGCGGGGAACAUUUCAAGUACAAGUUCAGCCUCCCUGGUGGAAAACAUGCUAGCGAGGGCAGGUGGUGGAUUCGGAAGAGGAUCGGCCCCUACUUCCCCCCUGUCAACCUCCAGGGCCUGAAGAAGUUUUAUGAAGACAGGGAUUGGCCAUACCCCAUGCAGGACUGA